AUGCUCAUGUUGGUCUUUAUCUGCAGGUUCACUCUUGCUCCUCAGUGGCACCCUGACUGGAUGCUCAUGUUGGUUUUCGCUCACACACACCUCACCGUGACUGUGACUUUGGGGCUGCUGCUUGUACCAAAGGUAAACCUGCUCUCCCUCCUUUCACUGAAUACAUAACCAGUACAUUAAACAGCUUCGUACUGUAAUUGAACCUCUGGGUAUUUAAUCUCUUCAGUCCUGUGGAGAACAUUUAAACACUCCCGCUGAGUGGGGAAUAAACAGUUCAUUUCUCAAGUCUUAGUUAGAAACCUCAGAAGUAGAAAACAUCAAUAUUGUCUGUGGGCGACAUUUUCAUCUCACAAAAGACACGCGCUGUGGAAAAGUGCACCAGAACAUUUUAAAUAAAUAUCAAUCUGUCUGUUUCCCCCUCUCGUUAGUGUCUGUCCACAGGGAUCCAGGCGAGUGAUGACAUUGCCACUGAAGCCUAUGAAGAGGAGCUGGACAUGGGCCGCUCCGGGUCCUACCUCAACAGCAGCAUCACCUCAGCCUGGAGCGAACACAGCCUGGACCCCGAGGACAUACGGGUGAGCAGGGUCCCUCCCUUUCUUUCUCUGUUCUGUAAACUUAAUUAGGUUUUUUGGGGGGUUUGUAAAAGUUUUAAAAGUUUUAAAUGGGUGAAAGACUUCCACAGCCUCCUGAUCCACCUUCUCCCUCACCUUUCUCUCUCACAAGCCCAGCGCUAAGUCGGCCCUGUUCCAAGUAUCACAAGCACCACAAAGUUGGAGGGCAACUCAAGUUUCAAGUUUUCAUGUCACGUGCACAAGUACAGUGAAAUGCCUUUCUUGCAACCUCUAACCCCAGCAAUGCAGUAAUCAAUAACAAUGUAAUACUAAAAAUAACAAGGUAGAACAAAAACACACAAGAUAUAAAAAUAAGAAGAGCACGAUAAAGUAAGUAAGCAUACUAUAUACAGGGUCAGUUCAAAUACCAUAUUUACAAUGUGCAGGGAUACUGGAGUGAUAGAGGUAGAUAUGUAUAGGGGUAAGGUGACUAGGCAUCAGGAUAUAUGAUAAACAGAGUAGCAGCAGCGUAUAUGACGAUUGUAUGUGAGUGGGUGUGUGUAGAGUCAGUGUACAGUGGGGGAAAAAAGUAUUUCGUCAGCCACCAAUUGUGCAAGUUCUCCCACUUAAAAAGAUGAGAGAGGCCUGUAAUUUUAAUCAUAGGUACACGUCAACUAUGACAGACAAAAUGAGAAAAAAAAUCCAGAAAAUAUAGACAAUUUGUGGGCAGAACUGAAAAGGCGUGUGCGAGCAAGGAGGCCUACAAACCUGACUCGGUUACACCAGCUCUGUCAGGAGGAAUGGGCCAAAAUUCACCCAACUUAUUGUGGGAAGCUUGUGGAAGGCUACCCGAAACGUUUGACCCAAGUUAAACAAUUUAAAGGCAAUGCUACCAAAUACUAAUUGAGUGUAUGUAAACUUCUGACCUACUGGGAAUGUGAUGAAAUAAAUAAAAGCUUAAAUAAAUCAUUCUCUCUACUAUUAUUGUGACAUUUCACAUUCUUAAAAUUGAGUGGUGAUCCUAACUGACCUAAAACAAGGAAUUUUUACUAGGAUUAAAUGUCAGGAAUUGUGAAAAACUGAGUUUAAAUGUAUUUGGCUAAAGUGUAUGUAAACUUCCGAUCCAGACUUCCAACUGUAGCUAUUUAGCAGUCUCAUGGCAUGGAGAUAGAAACUGUUCAGGAGCCUGUUUGUGUCAGAUUUGAUGCACUGGUACCGCUUACCGUGCAGAGGCAGAGAGAACAGCCUAUGGCUUGUGUGGUUGGAGUCUAACGAUUUUCCGGGCCUACCUUUAUAGAGGUCCUGGAUGGCAGGGAGCGCAGGGAGCUCAGCCCCAGUGAUGUACUGGGCUGUCCGUGCCACCCUCUGUAGCGCCAUGCGUUCGAGGGCGGUGCUAUUGCCGUACCAAGCGGUGAUGCAGCCAGUCAAGAUGCUCUCAAUGGUACAGCUGUAGACAUUUGAGGGCCCAUGCCAAACCUUUUCAACCUCCUGUGGGGGAAUAGGCGCUGUCGUGCCUUCUUCAUGACUGUGCACAUGUGUGUGGGCCAUUUUAAUUCUUAGUGAUUUGGACACAGGAACUUGAAGUUCUCAACCUGCUCCAUUGCAGAUCACGGCUGUGUCUUCAUUUGUAAUCCGUAAUGGACUGUAGCCCCUGCCACAUGCCACAUCCAGGGCUUUUGAUUGGGGAAGUAGCGAACAUUAACUGUGGGGACAAUAUCGCUGAUGCAUUUCCUAAUGAAGCCGGUGAUGGAGGUGGUUAGCUCGUCGACGUUAUCGGUGGAGUCCCGAAACAUAUUCUAGAUGGCACUAGCAAAGCAGUCCUGUAGCAUCAUCUGUGAUUCUGGAGACCAUUUCUCAACGGAGCGAGUCACUGGUAAUUGCUGUUUGAGCUUCUGCUUGUAAACAGGAAGCAGGAGUACGGAGUCAUGAUCUGAUUUGCCGAAUGGCGGACGAAGGAGGGCCUUGUAUGUUUGCUUGUGGGUAGAAUAACAGUGGUCUAGGACUUUAUCGCCCCUAGUGGAGAGGGAGAUGUGUUGAUGGAAGUUGGGCAUCACGUCUUAAUGACGCAGAAUUUAAGUCGACGGCAACAAGGAAAGCAGCCUCUGGGUGUAGGUUCUCUUGCUUGUUUAUAGCCUCGUACAGUUCGUUAAGUGCCAGCUUGUUAUUUUUCUUGUCCUGAGGUGGAAUGUAUACAACAGUCACGAUAACAGCUGAAAACUCCCUCGGGAGUUAGAAGGGUUGGCAUUUGACCAUCAGGUAUUCCAAGACGGGUGAACAAUGGGUUGACACUUCCACCGCGCUCAUGUCAGCACACCAGUGGUUGUUGAUGAAGAGGCAAACCCAUCCCCCCCCCCCCUCAAUUUCCCCGACUUCACUGUCCUGUCUGCCCGGUGAAUGGAGAAUCCAUCUAGUUGGAUAGCCAUGGGGGUUACUUGUCCGAGAGCCAUGCUUCAGAAAAGCUGAGAAUAUUGCCGUUUCGAGAGUCCCGUUGGUAGCAAAUCCGCGAUCGGAGGUCAUCCAUCUUAUUAUCAAGUGAUUGGCCAGUAGAAUGGAGGGAAGAGGUGGCCGGUCCUCCCUUCUCCCUAAUCUCUCCAGGAUCCCCCCUCUCUUGCCUUUGUAACGUCGGCGUUUCCUCUUGGGUAGCCUGAAAAUUGGGUCGGAAUUACAGAAAGAGUCCAGGGCAGAUGAGUCAAAGUUGAAGCAUGAAUUGUGGUAAGUAACUGCUGAUCUGAUGUUUAAAAAGUUAUUGUCGGUUGUAAGAAAUUAUAUCGGACACAUUUAGAGAAAAUAAAGUUAAAUAAAUGACAAAAGAAUCAAACAAAAUAGCUAAGUUGGGUCGGCUUGCAAAACGGCUGCCAUCCAGUACGGCGGCAAGAUUUUCACCUUACAGUGUAGAGACUGGUUAGAUGAAGCACCCAUUUGCUGUUUUGUUUGGGAACAUUUGGAAUUGUAAAUAAUUUGUGAUACAAAUGUAAUUUGUAUAGCGCUUUUCAUUACAAAUAAAUAUGCAGCUGUCUAGAUUUGAUAAAAUGGCGAUGGUGUCCGGUUUGGUUUUGAUGUAUACUUGAGUAUCAGCAAAGCAGUGAAAGUUGAUGUUGUAAUGUCUGAGGAGUUGGGUGAGUGAGAGCAUGUAGAUUAAAAACAGGAUUGGCCCCAACACUGAACCCUGUGGGAAGUCGCUACCUUGUGGCAACGUUCUAGUCUGUCAAGGAAAUGGACCAUGGUUAGUUUAGUGUCUAUGAUGUCAGAAUAUGUCUCUAGAGCAACAACAACAAAAAACUCGCAUUGAACAAGCAAUAUGUUUUCUCAUCCACUUCCUUCUCUCUAUCUCUCCCAACCCAUCCCUCUGUCACCAUUGUAGGACGAGCUCAAGAAGCUUUACGCCCAACUGGAGGUCUACAAGCGCAAGAAGAUGCUGGCCAACAACCCACACCUGCAGAAGAAGCGUAGCUCCAAGAAAGGCCUGGGCCGCUCUCUCAUGAGGCGCAUCACUGAGAUCCCAGAGACCUUGCACCGGCAUGGCAGCUAUGGCAGCCGCGAGGAACGUGUCGGUAGCGAGCACGGGAGCAACCGCAGCACCCUUCGACGGAACCCCUUCGACUCGUCCCACUCAGGUCACAAGUCCAGGGAAGACUCUCUGAAGAACAAGGUUCUGGGCCUGAAGAAGUCACACAGCUACGACCACGUUUGUGACCAAGCUGAGGAAACUGCCGGCGGAGUGGGCUCUGGUGGGGACAAAAUGGCCACCGGCGAGGGUUCCUUGCUGGGAUCUCUCAUUAGGAGGCAGGUUAAGAAGUCACCAGAGCCUGCCCCAAAGGUGGAACUGGCCGAGUCAGUACCCUUGGUCUGCAAGUCGGCCAGCGCGCACAACUUCACAGUGGACAAAAAGCCCAUUCAGCUGAGGACGUCCAUCAUGCAGAAGUCGCUGAGUGUCAUCACCAGUGCCAAAGAGAAGAUGCCUGGGCUCACCAACAAGACCAAUAGUGUGGAGGAUGCCAGCAAGAAGGGACUCAAGGGGCGCGAUGGGAGGAUGCUGUCUGAGGUGGACGAGAUGGAGUGUUAUCCUAAGAUGAUCAUCAGCCAGUCGGUAGAGUACUCCAGGACGCCCAUGGCCAAGAUGGGCAUCAUGAAGCAGCAGGUGAGUGGCAGCCAGCCGUCCAUCAAUACAGAGCCGGGGAGAAACCUGUAUGACCUCUCUGAGGUGUGCUCUUGGGAUGUGGAGGACCCCCCAACCCCCUCAGAAGGAAGGUCCCAGAAGCAUGUGUCCAUUGCUCCAGGAGAGACCACCACGGUCCACAGGGUUGAUGGUGGUGGUGGUGGUGGUUGUGGUGGCACGGUUAGCACCAAGGGCAGUCGCUCCCAACAGAAGCAGCAGAGGGCCGCGGGGCAAUCGCCUGCAGGCCGACAGCGCUCCAAAGACAAGGGGGGUGAACGAGAUGAGGCCAGAGAAACAAGGAAGCCCAGGUCUCCCAGAUCUCCGCUCCCACUCAAACCGGAGGUGUGCCCCUGGGCCUUUGAGGAGCAGCCAGUGUUGGGAGGCGAUUCAGAUUCCAUCUCCCCAGAGAGGAUCAGACAUAAGAAGAGCGUCACACCCACUGAUGGGAAGCCCAAGAUCCUCCACUCAGACUACUCCAAAUCCACGGGGAGUCUGCUACAGCCGCCCACCCUGAUGGUGGACAUCUGUCCCUGGGACUACAAUGAAGCCCCAGCCCCGCCCUCCCCCAGCCAGGAGAAGACCUGCUCCAGCCCCACCCCUCACUCCAAGCGGAAACGAAAAGGCUCGUGCUCCUCCAAAGAAAGGGGAGAGAGGGGUGAGAGAGAGAAAGGAGGAAGGGACAGGGAGGAAGAGAAGCAGCACAGGUCAAAGAGCAAGGAGAGCUCCUCCAGCAGGCCCUCGGAGAGACGACGUGUCAGCCAGUCAUCAGAGGGUGGUCCGGUCACCGUGCCAACAUCCGGGAGACGGAGGAGCUCGAUGAGAGACCCGGAGGCGUCGGAGAUCAAGAGGGCGGAGGCGUGCCCGUGGGAGGUAGAGGACGCACAUGCCAGCGUAGCACAGACUUCUCCAGCGAAAGAAAACAACUCUCUGAGUUCUAAUUACAAACAACCCGUAAGCACUGCUAAAAGGGUUGACGUUUGCCCCUGGGAUUUUGAAGACAAUGGGUCAGAGAAAAGUGCAUGA